AUGACCCGGCAGGCGCUCACUCCCGACACCACUCCCGAUACCAACGCCGCGCCGCGCCGCCAGACCCGCUGGGACCGGCUGCGCGCCGUGCUGCGCGCGGACAAGAAGGCGCUGUUCGGCCUUGCCGUGCUGUCGCUCUUCGUCCUGCUGGCGCUGCUCGGGCCGCUCAUCGUGCCCUUCGAUCCCAACGAGAUGACGCUGGACAUGAUGGCGGGGCCCAGCCUGACCCACCCGCUGGGCACCGACGACCUGGGCCGCGACCUGCUCAGCCGCAUCGUGGUCGGCACCCAGGUCUCGCUGUUCAUCGGCGUGUCGACCGUGGCCCUGGCGCUGGUGGUCGGCGUCUUCCUGGGCGUGCUGGCCGGCUAUCGCGGCGGCUGGGUCGACCAGGUCAUCAUGCGCUACAUCGACCUGCAGUGGGCCUUUCCGAACUUCAUCAUCGCGGUCUACCUGGUGGCGGUGUUCGGGACCGGGAUGUGGAACCUGAUCAUCGCCAUCUCCCUGGCCUUUAUCGACGACUUCGCGCGGAUCGCGCGCGGCAUGGUGCUGUCGAUCCGCGAGGAGCAGUACGUGCAGGCGGCGCGCACGGUCGGCGCCUCCGACCUGCGGAUCAUGCUGCGCCACGUGCUGCCCAACGCCACCGCGCCGAUCAUCGUGCAGGCGACGGUCAGCGUGUCCUACGCCAUCCUGGCCGAGGCGAGCCUGAGCUUUCUGGGCCUGGGCGUGGAGGCGGCGACGCCCACCUGGGGCCUGAUCCUCUCCGAAGGGCGCAGUUUUAUCUCGCGCGCCUGGUGGCUCGGCAUCUUCCCGGGACUCGCGAUCAUGUUGACAGUGUUGUCGAUCAACUUCCUCGGCGACGCGCUGCGCGACUUCCUCGACGUGCGCGAGACCGCCGGAAACCCCUGA